AGAGGAGGGGGGUGAAGAAAGUGCUGCUUUGUGAAUGACGGGAGCGACGGAGAACAGAAAACUAACUUUACCAAAUCAUCUUUCCAAACCUGUGAUGCGUUUACAUCCGGCUGGAAAGUUUGGACCGCUCACCGAGCCAUAACCGGACCGAAGAAUCACAAAGCUGGUUUGCUGCGAUGCCUUCCAAAAUGAUGUUUGUUGGUUUGAUCUGUGCCAUCCAUCUCUGCCUGCUGGUGGUGGUCCAUGGCGACCCCUGCCUCAUCAUCAGUGAGAUCAACGCUGACAACCCAAGACUGGACACUACAGAGUUUGUGGAGCUGUACCACACCAGUGGACAGCGGGCCUCGCUGGAAGGCUAUACCCUUGUGUUCUAUAAUGGCAAUGGAAAUAUUGCGUACAAGGUUUUGGACCUUAAGGGCCACAGCACAGAUGACAGGGGCUUCUUCCUGGUGGGCUCAGUGGAAUUGCUGCCCAAGCCAGCCAUCCUACUCCCUCCAAACACGGUCCAGAAUGGUCCGGAUGCCAUCGUCCUCUAUCACUCGUCGGCCGCCCGCUACAAUGAGAAAAUGAACGUCACCGCGGUCGGGCUGGUUGACGCGGUUGUUUACAUGACUCGCCGCACCGGAGGAGCAGAGUUCUUGGCCGAAAUCCUGACCCCCGGGGAGCCCGCCUUUGUCGAAGACGAAGCGGCGCUCGAGGGGGACGAGUCAAUUGAGAGRUGCCUGCUCUCUGAAGAUCACUGGGGCUUUCAGGUGUCCUCGCCCUCCCCGGGACAGAGGAACAACUGCACCCCGCCUGCCGCUCCGUCAGCCAGUCCUUUCAUAAAUGAGCUGAAGCUGGGUGGAGGACAGGUGGACGGGUUUGUGGAACUGACUGAGGCCACGGCUGCAGGCCCUCUAGUUCUGGUGGUGUGGGACGGGAAAACAGACAGGGUUAGCGUCAGUCUGGAUGUGGACACCUCUAGAAGUGGACUAAACUAUGUGACCAUAGAGAAGAAAUUCAUGAAAGGAGAUGAGUCUGGUGCUGUGGCUAUUUACAGUGGUAAAGCCACACACUUUCCGGUGGGGAGUCCACUGAGCCAGAUUCAGCCUCUGGAUGCUUUUGUGUUUGCUGGACCAGGAAACAAGCCAAGCGCCAACCUCACCGAGACGCUCAUCCCCGGCAGGCUGCCGUACCAGCUCAGUACCAAUUUGCGAGAGGGUGGCUUUUAUCUCAGUCGCUGUGGCGUGGCUACCUGGCCCAGAGAUCCUGGAAUCUUCUGGGAGGCCCCACAAACCCCAGGAUUACCCAACCAGUGCCCCUGGCCAAAAAACUGCCCGUACAGCUUUGUGACUCCAGGAGGUACAGAUUCUCCCUCCCACCUCCCACCCUGGGGUAACAGGGACUUCCUGAUCAACGAGCUGAACACCGACACGCCAGGCGCAGCUGAGGACGGAGAGUACAUCGAGCUGUGGCACCCAUCGGGCCGCAGAGUGUCCCUGCAGGGCAUCUGGAUCCUCCUUUUCAGCGCGCACAACAACAAACCCUACCGAGAGAUCAGCCUGAGUGGGCACUUCACCACCGCCAAGGGGUAUUUUCUUCUGGGCAGUGAUAGGUUGGUGCCUGCCCCGUCGCUUCGCCUGCCCCCUAACACUAUCCAGAAUGGACCCGAUGCCGUGGCGCUGUAUCGUAGCCCUUUUGGACCACCGUCAGCCAUGCAGAGAGGGAUCCCCACUAAAGGCCUUCUGGAUGCAGUGGUGUACCGACAGAGGGGGUCGGACAGGGAGGCACAGGAGCUGAGUAAAUAUCUGACUCCAGGUCAGCUGCCAUUGCUGGAGGACCCUGAUGCUCUGCCCGGAGACGAGGCCCUCAGCCGCUGCCGAGGCCUUUAUCCUUACGACAUGUCGGCUUUUUCUGUGGCUCCUCCUACCCCUCUGCGGGAAAACAGCUGCCCUCGUCCCCCUCCGGCACCUGAAGGUGUCGUCAUCAAUGAGGUGGCCAGCAAACUCUGGACCAAUCACAGCCAGCAGAGAGCCUUCGUGGAGCUGCACGGACCACCUAUGACAGACCUGCAGGGAUUGGUCCUCUCGGUGUUUGACCAGGAGCGCAGUGGGACCGUCAUCGCUCUUCCUUUGAAGGGAUCUGUUAACCAGGAUGGGUUUUAUGUCAUUGGAAAUGUCACCGAAGCAGAUCAGAUGCUUCCUGAAGGCUCCACGGUGCCAGCCCGAGGAGCCGUGGUCCUGUGCUACGACCUGUUCAGUGUCUGCCGAGCCGGAACCGCUCUGACCAACUCCAGCCUCAGAGAUGUGCUGGUGUUCAGCGAGAACCAGCAGCUGCUCUCCUCUCUGUCCACCACCAGGGGGAGACAAGUGAUGCCAGCUCUCAGGUCUGUGGCAGAUGAACCUGUCUCACUCAGCCGAUGUUCCUGCUGUGAGGUCAGGAGCCCGUCCUCGUGGACGAGCUCGUCUUCCACCCCUCACAACAACAACCUGUGUCCAAGCUCCGCCUUCUCAAGCCAAAUCGAUCUUUGUUUCCAACCUCAGUCCCACGACGGGCACAGGGAGUCAGAAGACUGCAGUGGUUUAAUUCAUGGGAAGAAAAUGACUGAGGUGGUGAGCUACUUGGAGCAGAGGUGUCRGUGUGGCAUUUCUGCGACAAAUCUACAAGGAGCGAAUUUCUCUUGUGUUUCUGGGUGGCUGAGAGUCUGGGGCCAGAUCCAGGCACUGUCGGACCACCAGAAGGCCCUCAUCAUCCAGACGUUCAAUACGAGCCCAUUGGCGGUCCAGGCAGAGGCCUGUUCUGUGCCCACCACCGGCCGUUACACAGGCACAGCCUCCGCCCUGGGGCUACAGAUUGGGCUGAUCAUCGCUGUGCUCCUGCUGCUCGGACUGGGAGCUGCUCUGUUCACGUAUCUCUACAGGAGGAGGCGUCCUCUUGAUUAUUACACCAUGGAGCUGAGUGAACAUGCAGAGGGACUGUCGGAUCUAUAACCGAGGCUUUGAAUCGACGCAUUUUAGUGCGAGGGAAGGCAAGCACUCGAUGAACGUGGUCAGAGCCCCGGUUUGACGUGUGCGUCGUGUAUCGAGCAGCUCUUCUCACAUGAAAGGGACCUCCUCUGUACGUUGUCUGAUGAAGACGACUUGUUGAGUUACGAACAGCGCGGCUGGUUGCAGUGACGUCACAUCAGGCAAGGCAACAUUUUCUAAGGACUAAAUUGCAAACUUUGCCUGCAAACACUGCUUGUUACUGUUCGUCGGGGAAAUGAAGAGAGAAGGGAUGCUUUUACUUUUACAUACUUGAGUCCUGAAUACUCAUUUUAAUGACUUGUUUAUGCUACUUUGGAUAAAGCCUUUUAAUUUGAUCACAACCCUGCAAGUUCAGCUGAAACUUAAAGAUAACACUUGUUCAGCUUACAUUUCUUAAAACAAAACAAAACAAAAAAACCCAAUCCUGCUUACAUUCCUGCUUUGUCCUGUUUAAACCGUGGUUACUCAAAGGGUUCAGUUGUCCCAUAAAUGUGAAAUGUCUCUAACUUGUGUGCUUGUAACCACUUCUGUGUGCUUGCUUUAAGCAAACUGUUUACAUUUUCUUAAUUGACAAUUAGCAAAAUAACAAAAAAUAAAUAAUAAUAAAUUCAAGGCAGAUAAAGUGAUGAUUUUGAUUUAGAGUUUUAGGAGGUGAAUGUUUCCUCUAACACCUCUCUUGUGCCUUUUUUUUUAUCUGUGUAUAAAUUUAUCUGAUGAUUGCUCACUUAUGCCCAGGACAGUUCAACCCAAACUGACCCUGAUGAGAUGUUUUUCUUCGUUUAGCUCAGUUUGUAUCAUUGUUUUUCAGUCUGUUGUUAAAACCAACAUAAAAAGAAAAUAUACUGUAUAUAUACCAUGAACACAAAACAAAAGUUUUCUAGGAUUUUCUGUGUAAUAAGAAAAAAGUUUAUUAUAAAUGUGUAUAUUUUUAGAGUUUCUGUGAGAAAUUCCACAAUGUAAAUUAAAAUAAGACAAAAAAAGUGUUCAAACUUGAAUAAAAUAUCUGCGAGUCUAAGUUGACACAUUAGAAGUCCACACUGAAAUUCAGAAAAUAAAAAAAAAUAAAAAAAAAACACUGGGGGGACGGGGGAGACUUUGUGUUAUAUCAACAAGUUCUCAAUGAAAAAGCUCUUGUGUUCAUUUAUUAUCCAAUGUCAUGCACGUUAAAAUAAAACGUUUUCACUGAUGUGCA